AACGGACAGGAGGAUGGAGCAGGCAGUGUGCGAGGCCGAGGACGUCAGUGUGUGCGUGAAGCACUUGCUGAGUGGAGGGUGUGCCGCUCCGGGUCCUCCCUGGUCGUAAGAGACCCGCUCCUGUCCUUGCUCUCUGGCCUCGGCAUGAGGAGACGAAGAGUGUUCCGGAUCACCAUGGUCACGGCAGCCAUCAUUUCCGUCAUAUACUUAGUGCUGGUCACCACCACCUCCUCCACCAAGUUCAGGAGAAAAAAGGUUUGAUCAGGUCCCGGGUGAGGGGAGCCGACGCCUCGAAGGGGGAGACUAUUUUCUUCCUUGACUCCCACUGUGAGGUCAACCAGGGCUGGGUCACGCCCCUUCUCGACACCUUGCGACAGAAGCCGAAGAGUGUGGUGUGUCCAGUGAUAGACGUGAUUGACCAGGACACCCUCGACUACCGUGCGACGGGCACCGUCCUCAAGGGAGGGUUCGACUGGGGUCUUCACUUCCGCUGGGUUCCUCUUACUGACGAGGAGAAAAUGGCGAGAGUUGAACCUACGUCUGUAUACAGGUCACCAGCUGUCGCAGGCGGCCUCUUCCUCAUCUCCCGCAGCUGGUGGGACCAGCUGGGCAAGUAUGAUGUUGGCCUCGAUGUGUGGGGAGCAGAGAACCUGGAGAUAUCGUUCAAGGCGUGGCAGUGCGGGGGCAGCGUGGAGGUGGCGCCCUGCAGCCGCGUCGGUCACAUCUUCCGUAAGCGCCACCCCUACACCUUCCCUGAGGGCAACGCCAACACCUAUCUCAGGAACUCCCGCCGGGUGGCCGAGGUGUGGCUCGACGAGUUCAUCCACUUCUUCUACGAGACCAGACCCAACGCUCUCCAGAUACCUCACGGCGACAUCAGCGAGAGGAAGGAGCUGCGGUCGAGGCUGGGGUGUCGGGGGUUCGGCUGGUACCUCAAGACCAUCUACCCGGAGCUGGCCACGCCCUCCAGACACGAGCUCGCUUACGGCCAACUUCGCCAGCGAAACACGUGCCUCCAGGGGCCCGAGUCCCCGUCGCUCGACAAGAAGCAACAGAGAGCACCGGACACGGAGCUGCUGGUGGAGGUGACGACGUGCGUGGCGGAGCGGGCGACGCAGGAGUGGUCCUUGUCGCAGGACGGGGCUGUGGCUCAGGGAGGCCUCUGCCUGUCAGUCCUGGCUCCUAGUGACGCCAGGGUCCACGUCCAGCAGUGUCUCGCAGGACCCAAGCAGCGGUGGCUUCGUCAGGGUCGCCGGCUGCAGCACGGCGCCUCUGGUCUGUGUCUGGACUCCGCCAGCGACUAUGGCGCCCUUGUCCAGCCCUGCCGCAACAACCUCCUCUCACAGCAGUGGGACUUCUCCGUCGAGCUUCAGGCUCUCUCCGCCCUCUAGUCGCUCCACGUUGCCCUCUAUAGCCUUGCACAGGUGCUCAGCUCGUCCUGGCUCCUUCGUCAGGUUUGGAAAAGCACUCGCACCCCCCCCCCAGGGCCCUCUACAAGAUUAUGUAAAUUUAAUCCCCCUAAUAUAGACAUGAACACGUUUUCGGUUUAUUACAACUUUCCAUAGUAUAAUCAAUUUUUGACAAGAUCCAUUAAUACCGACAUUCACCAGAAUUGCUCAACAGUUACUCUUCUGCAAACAUUAACUUCUUCACACAAAGAUAGAAGCUCCGGCGAUCGAUAAUAAACUGAAAUAUUCAGCGUACGACACAGCGGGAGAUAUUCUCCCGCAGCUGAACGUUGACUAAAAAAAUUCCCUCAGAGUCUUUUCUAGACUAGAAAUGACUAUACCACUGAGAAUACUACACUCAUAUACUACCAUAAUACCAUAAAUGACUGAGAAUACCACACUCAUAUACUACCAUAAUACCAUAAAUGACUGAGAAUACCUCACAGCGGGAGGUAUUCUCUGGUAGCGGAACAUUGACUAAAAAGUUCCCUCAGUCAUAUCUAGUCUAGAAAAGACUUGAACAAAUCACCUGUGAUGGCUGUUGUGCUAUACCGCUGAAACAUAAUAAUUCAUUUGUUUAUUAGCUAUUUCGUUUGUAUUUAUUAUUCCAAAUUGAUACUAAUGAUACGCAUUUUAUUGUGGAAGUGUGUAACCAGUAAACAUUAUUUAAUGCCAACAAGUUAUAUUUCAAACGAUGAUUAUAACUGUUUAAGCAUC